AUGCCAGCAUAUCCCCGCCCAACCGUGGCGCUGCAAUACGCGUUUGAGCGCGUCGAAGACUUCUUCCUCCGCUCAUAUCCCGUACGCGACCUGCCUCUCAAUGUCCGACCGGCCAUCAUCGCCGCGGUGGCCGUGUGGACUCUCCUUCUCGGCGUAUUGGGAUUCGCGCCGCUCCCCGAACUCCCGCUCAACGACAAGGCACUGCACUUCUUCGGCAUGGGCUUCGCCGCAUUCUUGAUCUACUUCGUCUUCGAGGUUCCAGAAGGACCACACCGCCGCGUGUGGUAUAUCAGGCGCGCGCCGCUCCUCCUGACCCUCGUACUGGCGUUCUUGUUCGGCGGGGUGAUCAGCGAGUUCAUCCAGGCCAUGCUUCCGUGGAAGCACUUCCAGUUUGGUGACAUUGUCGCCAACCUCCUCGGCACCACCGUGUUCCUCUACCUCGCGCACCUGCUGCACUCGCGCGCACGGCGCCGCUCCGAGAUUGCAGACCUGUACCAGCCACUGCCGUCACAUUCGUACCGCGACGCCCAGGGCCGCACACACGCCUUCGCUCCCGCAGCGGCGGCUGGCGGCGCUGGAGCAGUCGCGGUCGAGCUGGAAGAGACCGAGGGGCAUGACACGCGCGACGUGCACAACGAUGUGUGGGAUGAUGAGAUUGACGACCUCGGGCCGCGGGAAAACAGCGUGUUCAAGCUCGACGACGACAUUGUGUAG